AUGACUCCAGAGGAGGAAGUCCAGAGACAGAGCACCAUGACUUCUGAGAAAGGUCCUUCAACCGGUGACCCCACUCUGAGGAGAAGAAUCGAAUCCUGGGAGUUUGAUGUCUUCUAUGACCCCAGAGAACUUCGUAAAGAGACCUGUCUGCUCUACGAAAUCAAGUGGGGCAUGAGCUGGAAGAUCUGGCGAAGCUCAGGCAAAAACACCACCAAUCACGUGGAAGUUAAUUUUAUAAAAAAAUUUACGUCAGAAAGACGUUUUCACUCAUCCAUCAGCUGCUCCAUCACCUGGUUCUUGUCCUGGAGUCCCUGCUGGGAAUGCUCCCAGGCUAUUAGAGAGUUUUUGAGUCAGCACCCUGGUGUCACUCUAGUGAUCUAUGUAGCACGGCUUUUUUGGCACAUGGAUCAACGAAAUCGGCAAGGUCUCAGGGACCUUGUUAACAGUGGAGUAACUAUUCAGAUUAUGAGAGCAUCAGAGUAUUAUCACUGCUGGAGGAAUUUUGUCAACUACCCACCUGGGGAUGAAGCUCACUGGCCACAAUACCCACCUCUGUGGAUGAUGUUGUAUGCACUGGAGCUGCACUGCAUAAUUCUGAGUCUUCCACCCUGUUUAAAGAUUUCAAGAAGAUGGCAAAAUCAUCUUGCAUUUUUCAGACUUCAUCUUCAAAACUGCCAUUACCAAAUGAUUCCACCACACAUCCUUUUAGCUACAGGGCUGAUACAUCCAUCUGUGACUUGGAAAUGAAUAGAAUGAUUCCAUGUGUGUACUGAUUCAAGAACAAGCAAUGAUGACCCACUAAAGAGUGAACGCCAUUUAGAAUCUAGAAAUGUUCACAAGGUACCCCAAAACUCUGUAGCUUAAACCAACAAUAAAUAUGUAUUACCUCU